UUGAGAGGGGCGGGGCGCGUUCACUGUUUACUUACUAUUUACAUUCAAACUUAGUUGUAUUAGUACACCCGCACAUUCCACUAGGGACGAUCGUCGAUUGUCAUCCGGCCACCGAUGUGCAUUUAGUGAAAACAUUGCCGUGAUUUCGUGUUUGGGUAGUGAGUGCAUGUGACACAGAUUUCUCCUGUAAACAUUUUGCUAUUGAUAAACGGCUGUGUGAAAAAUAGCGACUAUGAAAUAAGAUGAAAUUUAGGUCUUGCCAGAUCAAUUCAGAGCAAGUGAGAUUGCUUCUGUUCAAAGAGUGUGACUGGAGAGGAAGGAAGCUUCUGUUUGACUCAUCUACUAUAGAAAAGGUAGCAGCCAACAAAAAUGACAAGGUCAACAACAGACAGGUUGAGGAGUUCCCAUGCAUUGUGGAGGUGUCAGAUGGAUGGACUUACUUGUACAAGGGCCCGGCGACGGAUGCUAAUAUUCUCGGUGAGAUGAUAUUCGGCGCGGUGGCGGUCAACUGUAAAAGGGUCUCACUGAAGAUACACAUCAUGGAAGAACCUAAAAGGUUGAUGUGCACCAAAGUAUUCUACGUGCCGACCUCCCGCAAAGUGAGUCGGGUAGACCGGAAGACCAGCGAAGCAAGCGCUGCAAACAUGAGGAACGGCUCCAAGCCGUUAAAUGUUCCAUCUUUGAGGGAGGAGGGGGUUUCAUUGAGCUUUUCCAUGGAUAGAGGAGACUCGGGGUUCUGCGGGGAUCUGUCACCAUACAGCAGCGUGGGAUCGACCUGCGACUAUUUCUCCAUGUUCGAUAUUUGGGACGGGAAGAAUUCGCAGGACGAUAUGUACUCUUUCCAUUCACCGCCCGGCCGUAAACUAAGUACGUCAAGCAACGGCAGCUGGCAGCGCAGAACCUUCCAGAACAUGGCCACCCGCUUCGAGCUCGGCCACCAGAGUUCCAACCUGCUCAGCAUACCCACGGCUGUCAGCAAUGCCAACAGCAGUGAUUCGCAGGUAUACAGCGGCAGUUCGACCAGUGGCACUACCGAUAGUCUUCUCAGUGCCGCUUCCAAUCCUCAGAGGAAGAACAAGUUGGGUCUAGCGCUGCUGUUCACUGUCAGCGAUGCUGGUGAGAUGGAGCUAGUCCGGAGGUGCGUCGAACACUCGCCCCAGUUGCAAGCCUUGGUUUGCAGGCUGAGGCUGGCAACUCUGACAGCGGGAGCAGGUGGUGGUUUCAUAUCCACCCUGUAUAGAGCUACGUGUGAUGCUGCUAGAUGGAUGUCAGACCUAAUGUACGGGCCUCGCCUGCAGCCGAUGUGGCUGAGUCUAGUCACGGGCGACCGCCGCGCCGCCAGCGCCGCCGCCGAAAAUCUGGUGGCUGAUCUGUGCUCUGUGUUAUCUGUGGGGGACACCAAGAGUACUAACUUUUUCAUGAGCACUCUCCUGACGCAUGUGCUCACAUACCACCUGGGAUGGGUGACCACCGUCAGCCCGUACGACACGGUCGACCCAGAGAAGCGGUCGGAAGUGGUCUUCGUGUCCCAGAGGCCCUACAACGCGCUUUGGGCCCAGCUCGGCGACCUGUGCGGGAGCAUCGGCUUCCCUCCACGCGCCGCCAGAACAGUCAUCAGCGGAAACACCAACACACAGUUCAUCAACAGGCUCCUCCUCGUUCUAACAUACUUCUUAAGAUGCGGCGACGUCAAACGAAACAACUUUCAAUUCCAAGAAUGUCUCAUCACCGAAACAAAAGUCGUCGACGUGAAAGAAACGGGCCUCAAGAAAAGCGCCACCCGCGUGAACAAGUUGGGACUCGAACAGUUCGACUCCAAAGACAGUUUGAAAGUGCCACAAGUGAAUACUCAAAAUAGUGAUAGCAGUGUGAGUACGUUGGCCGCCAGCGACGUCAGCAUCAAGCGGUCGGCGACGCUCGCGAACCUUAGUCAAAAGCUCUCUACCGGUUCGGAAUUGGCGACGAAAAGUGCCGUAGAGGAGGACGCCGCUCGGUGCGACAAGCCGAUGACGAGCCAGCUGAGAAGGAACCCCACGGUGAUGCUGUCUCUCAAGUCGUCCUCGGACUCCAGUCUUUAUUCGUCUGUGUCAGAUGAGUCGGAGCCCGAGCAGAAAGUCGUAUUCGUUCUGGGAGACGACGAGAAGCUGGUCGGCCUGAAGAACAAAUCCAACGGCGGGAAGAGCGUCAAGAAGUCGACCAAGCCUUCCACCGACCAGCCCCCGGAGGAGACCCCCGAGGCCCCCGAGGCCCCCGAGGCCCCCGUGGCCCCCGAGGCGUGCGCCAAAGAGAACUGUGACCGCAGCUCCGAGAGCCCCUCGAAAUGCUGCGGCCAGACACUUCAACAUUCCAAACCCAUAAAACAUUCCGGUUUUAAGUUCGAAUUCGAUAAGUACCCUCAGAUAGUCACUAAUUAUAUGAAGAGCAAAAACUUAGAGAUACUAGAUAGGCACUAUAUCGGUAAACCGGGGAAUUUGAAGUUGGACAACUACCAGUUCGAUCCGACGAUCGUUCCUCCGAUCCAGGAAGAGAGGUGUGAGGCUUGCUACAAGUGUCAGCUGUUGGAAUCUAUGCUGCAGACUCCUACCAAUGCUUCUGAGAUGGAGUAUAUGAAUGAUAUGCCUCAAAGAGUGGAGCCUCAGUACGCGAAAGAAACUAUAGUUCCCAAUGCGGAUACGGUUCCAAAAACGUUCGUGAGGAAACGUCAGGAGAAUACUGUGGUUGUUAACGUGACGAAUGCUGGUGUGUCGAAUGCGAAUGAGGUGGUUGAGCCGUGUAAAGAUGAUGAGAAGAAAAGAAUGGGAGUGAAGAAAGUGGUGGAAUUCCCGGUACCGCCGCUGUGUUCGCGAGCAGACCCGGAACAAACGCCGGCAGGGUUCGACGCCUCCUUACUGGGGGGAGUCACCGACCAUUAUGUACCUGAUUUAAUAUUACAAGGAACAAUAUCAAAGUCUGACGUGUGGGAGGGCGAGUUGCGGCGAGAUUUGGACCUCACGGCCUACCUCAAUAAGGCGCUAGACUCGCCGGUACAGGCCGUGGCCAUCAUAGGAGACACUAACAACUGGUGCGUGCGAGUGGUGGGUCGCGAAGCCGGCGCGGGCGGCAUGUCAUCGCUGGUGGCCGCCAUGUUGGAUGCGCUGCCUGCUAUGCGCCGCGCGCGCGUGCCUGCUAAUCAGUGCAUAUCAUUCUUGGAGGGCAAACUGCGCGAGUUCUGCGUGCUUUCGAAGACGUUAGCAGAUAUGCUCAUGACGACAGACUUCUGCGAUAUAGCCACGCUAACUAAGUCUCUGAGCAUUGACGUCAAUGAUGUACCUCUGUUAUUGGCCAUCGCUACGACACACACGCCGCAAGUUGCUGCCAGAUACGGUAUCAGUUACAGGUAGUUUGGUUAUCUUUAGGCAGUUUAUAAGAUGUUUUGGUUCAGCUAAAACCUUUUUUGAACAAAUUCAAGGUAUGCUGGCAGCAAAUUUUGAUGCUGCUGGAUUUUAGACGAUAAAAAAUUUGUUAGAGGGAAAAUAGCAGCUAGCAUAUUUUGUAUCUUAUAGCCUUGUCUGAAGGUCGAAACAAGUUAAAUUCAAACUAAUGUUGACGGUUUGAAAGUUUAAAUAUCGAAGGUUGACAAAAAGAUUCUCUUUCAAAUGUCUAUGGAAAUUGUUGGUGCAAUACUAGCGCGGUCAAAUAAUUUAUAAUAUUUAUUAUGGAGAUUUUAUGGGUAGCUAAGUAGUGUAUGCUAGAUAGUUCGAUCUCCCAUAAGGUGGUUGCUACGGAGUUUGGGCUUGGUAGGGCUUGCAUAGUUUUAAAUAGAAGUACAAGAUACUUUUCUAUUCUGACGCUGAUGUUUGGCUAUUCUGACUUUUUGGCGGGAAAUUAUUUUGACGUUUUAUACCUACUCAUCUGAGAUGAGUCAAUUUUAUUUUAUUGGUGGUCUUUUUUCUACGGUAAUAAUAAUAAUCUUUUUUACACAUUUUUCAGUAGAUGAAAAAAAUAUGUAUUGUCUCAUUUUGUAAGAAAAUCUUUCUAGCACUCGAUGUGAAUGUAGAUUGUUGUUUGUUGCUCCCAUUUUGUCUCCAAGUAAAACAGUAUUUUCUAGUAAUAAAUGCACUGCUUCGUUACAAAUAUAGAUUUAUGAAAUAACUCUGUAUCAAGGCACUACUUGGUUUUUAUAUUAUUUUCUUGUCAAUGUCUAGCACAACUAUUUUCUGAGUUAUACAUAAUAUUUACUUGUAAAAUACAUAUACAAGCUCGUCAAACAGGUUCUUUGAAAACAUUUUGGUAGUAUAAAGUUGUUUAGAAAUAAUAAAAUUAUGUAUAAAACUUAUAAGUUUACAUAAUAACGUCUUGGCAUCACAAUUUAAUUAUUUUAUUGUAUGCUAAUUGUUAAAAAACGCGCAAAGAAAGUUGUGUGAGUAUUGUGUAUAAGUUCACAAAAAUAUAUUUAUUUAUAUUGUUAAAAUAAAUAUUAUUUACUUCAGUCAAUAUUGUGUAACAAUAUCCUCUAGUUCCGGUUAACAGUGAACCAGGGCUGAUCUGUGAUCAUAUAAAUUAACAUUUUAUUGCAAGCUAUGAUUGUGAUAGGAGAGUAUAGUGUAGUGGAAAUAACAAUAACUGAUAACAUAAUCUAUUUGUGAAAAAUGAAAGUUGAAUCUGACUGAGCUAUUUUAAGGCAUCCUCAUCACUUUCCAUCAGGUGAGAUGAGGGCCAAGAGUUUCCUCGUGUUAAAAAAUAAAUACGUUAGUAUCUCAUUUGGAGACUAAAAUGACUUGAGUAGUUGACACUAAAGUUGACUCCUAUACAAGGCACAACUUUUCUAGAAAUCGUCUCUUUGCGAUGAGUUCAUUGUUCGAGAUGUUACACUGUCAUCGCAAAUGGACGAAAUACACUUUAUUUGAUUGUAAAAGUAAAUAAAUAAGCAUCUGCUGAAAAACCUUUGUUUUCGGGAAAGAUUAUUCUACUUUGUAAUGUUUAAGUCAAAAUUAUAUGUUCAGUUAUUGUUUUUUCUACUAUGAGUGAAAAUGUGAAGAUAAAAAGGUUGCUAAAGGCUUUCUGAAGGCCAAUAAAUGUGAUAAUAAAUCGAGGUACGGCAAGGAGUGCUAUAUCAUGUAUGUAUAAUGUAUAACUUAUA